AUGGAGUUCCCGGCCGUUCUCUUCCCCUCCUACUUCAGCGUCGGCCCGCCCCGGGAGGAGGGCGGCCCUGGUCCGGCCGCUGGCUGGGGCGAGUACGGGCAGGUGCUGGAGGCCGGUCCCCGCCGCCGCCAGGCCGAGACGACCUUCGUGCCCCGCCGCGGCGGGACGGGCGAGAGCUGGGAACCCGCCGACGCCGCUGCCGUGCCCUUCCUGCCUCCCAACGCGAGCUGCUGGAUCCCCUCGCUCGUGCCUCAGGACAUUCUCUACCGUGGUGUCCUGCGCAGGAAGCUCCAGGCAGGCAAGACUGGAGCCGCUCUGGACUUCACCAAGCAGCUGAGCCACUUCUUUGUGGACCACCCAGAAGAUGCGUUUGGCUCCCUGGGGCGGCUGCUGCACAAGAACUUCUACCUGGGCAACUCCAAACUGAGGAGACAGGCCCGGGACAACACCAUCCGGAUGACGGCCCUGAUGGAGGAAAUUGGCCGUCUGGAGGCCAGGUGUGGCUGCCCCCGACAGCGCCUUGCCCCCCGCCUGCGGUGGUUCUCCCACCUCUGCCGCGACUGGCUCUUCGAGGUGCCACUGGGGCUGCUGGCAGACUGUGUGCAUGAGGAGCUGCUGCUGCAGUGGGCCAGCCUGCUCUUUGACGACAGCUCUACUGGCGGAGCGCUGGCCUGGCUGCCCCCCAAAGACGUGGGGGCACGCACGGGCCGCCUGGUGUACCCCGGAGGCCAGGCCAUGAACCACCUCUAUUUCCAGGACGUGGUGCUAGAGGAGCUGCCCCGUGCCCGGGGCUCCCCAGCACAGUUUGAGCUCAAUGGGCACAUCCGGCAAGUGGCUGCCGCCCGGGCGGACGGGGAAGAUUUUGUUGGCGUCCGCUCGGACUAUCACUGCGGCGUUUGGAGGGUGCCGGGCAGGACAGGGGCGGCCCCCACCCCGCUGCAGGUCAUCCGCACCAGUGUGCCUGCCUCCUGCCUCACCGUCAGCCCUCACCUCCCCGGGGAGCUGUCCGUCUGCACCCAGAGCGGAGCCGUCUACCUCUGGAGCGUCGAGAGGGGGCUGCAGCGGCUCCGCCAUGACCCCCAGACCAUGUUUUUUCGGGACCAUUCGCCCUGGCGCUGGAGCGACUUCACUGCCCACCCGCGGGUGCUGAGCUGUGCCGACCGCACUGGCCUGCAGUGCCUGGAUGCCCGGGCCCCCGAGAGAUGCCACUUUGACUUGUUCAAGGUGGGCGAGGAAGCAGGCUGCCAACAGGGUGAGCGUGUGGUGCUGCCCAUGUACCUGGGGAGGGCUCACCCUUCCCAGCACCUCGUCACCACCCAGUUCUCCGUGUACGUACUGGAUGAGCGGUUGCCACUGGUGCCUGUGCUGAAGUGGGCACACAUGAUGAAGGCCCCCCCUCUCUUUGCCCAUCUGACACCAGGGGGCCCCGAGAGGAGCCAUAAGGUGCUGCUCGGCGCAUCCCACACCCAGGAGCUGUUGCUGCUGCAAUACCAGGGGGGAAACCAGUCGGCCUGCCAGCUGGUGGGGCCUCCACAGAAGCUGCACAGCAUUGCCGGCUGCCUGCAGCACCUGCCCGUCCAGCUCCCGCACCGCCACCACAUGCUCCAGCAGCGCCUCGGUGCCCCAGCUGCCGGGCUGGCUGCUGCACUGCAGGAGGAUGGUCUGCGGGAGUCCCUGCUGGUUUUCCAGCUCUCCGAGGCUGGGGACGUCUUCUGCCAGAGGCUGACCCACGAGGCAGCACAGCCCCCUGCACCCACCUCAGGGGACGAGGCCAUGCCAGCCCCUGGCUCUUCCCCGCUCUUUGAGACUCCUGCCAGCAGCCCGCCGGCCUUGCGCAGCGAGGAAGAAGAAGAAGAGGAGGAGGAGGAAGAGCAAACUUUCUACUUGUCCAACCUGGAGGUGAUUAUCAAUGAGGAGGAGGAGGACGUGGGCACGCCAGCAGCCCCGGAGGAAGCCAAACUCCCCCAGCAGCCCUGUGCCAGCCCUCAGCCCUCCCCGGCGGUGCCCAGCCCAGCCGCAGCCCUGCGCUACCGCCGCUGGCUGAAGGCUCUUUCUGAGGGCUGCGGGGAGCCCCCCCGGCACGCCUACCCCGCCACCCUCAGCCAGAAGCGCCUUUUCACCCGCAAAGAGCUGGCGACGCCGGCGGGCCCCAGCACCCUGCACGAGCAGCUGCGCCGGCAGCUGCGGCAGACCAUGCGGGAAGGGGGCUGCAUCCAGCGCUGGGACCCCCUGGCCUCCCAACCCUGCACCCCACCGCAGCCCCUGGAACUGGCGGGGGAUGCGGACCCCCUGAGCGCCCGUCUGACGGCGGCCUGGUCCGGGGACUGGGGGCAGUGGUGGGAGGAGAGGACGAGCUUCAACAUGGCGCAGAGGCAGCGGGCGCUGCGGGAGCGGCGGCGGCGGCAGAAGCGAGCCCGGGGCCGGCGCAGCCUUUCGGCCAGCUUCACCUCGUCCCUCACCUACCAGUCUGAGCUGUCGGAGCUGAGCGACACAGCCCCCACGUCACUCUCCCCCGGCCCACCCGCCGUGGUCCCACGGGAGGGUUCCCCACCGGCUGGCGUCCCACCAGCGUCACCGCUGCCCGACGAAGCCCUGCUCUCCUCCCAGAGCCUGCGCUGCCGUGGCAUCCCCAAGGAGCGGCGGAAAACGCUGCGGGACUACCUGGCGGUGUGGGCCGACGACCCCUCCGAGCCCCCGGAGCUCCCUGGCAGCCAGGCCAGCCAGCUCUGCAUCCCCUCCUCCCAGAGCCAGCUCUCCUCCGCCUCCCAGCCCCGCCGCAAGCGCCCACGCAUGGGCUUCUGA